UGCUGGCCUCAGGGAUGGCCCGCGACUGGCCCGACGCCCGCGGCAUCUGGCACAACGACAACAAGACCUUCCUGGUGUGGGUGAACGAGGAGGACCACCUGCGAGUCAUCUCCAUGCAGGAAGGAGGCAACAUGAGGGAAGUGUUCACCCGCUUCUGCACUGGGCUCACCAAGAUCGAGAGCCUGUUCAAGGAGCGAGGCCACGCCUUCAUGUGGAACGAGCACCUGGGAUUCGUCCUCACCUGCCCGUCCAACCUGGGCACCGGGCUGCGUGCCGGCGUCCACGUCAAGCUGCCCAACAUGAGCAAACACGCAGACUUCGAGGACGUGCUGAAGAAGCUGCGCCUGCAGAAGUGAGGAACUGGGGGCGUGGACACGGCCGCCGUGGGCGGAGUCUUCGACAUCUCCAACGCUGACCGUCUGGGCUUCUCCGAGGUGGAGCUGGUGCAGAUGGUGGUGGACGGCGUCAAGCUGCUGGUGGAGAUGGAGAAGAGGCUGGAGAAGGGCCAGUCCAUCGACGACCUGAUGCCCGCCCCAAAGUAAAUCCUCCAAUUGGACGACCCCCCCCCCCCCCCC